GCUUUAUAUUUUAGAAAGUUUAUAGAAAUUUAAUGUGUUUUAAAUAAAUUUUAUUUGAAGAAAUGGCAAUCAGUCAAUAGGGAAUAUACACGAAUCUAUUUUUGGGGAAUUCUUUCUUAUUUUUGAAUGUUAUAUUUAAGAAGCAAACAGUGUCCGCUCCUUUACAUGGGAAAUGUUGCUGUGAAAUCUUAUAUAGCGUUCUCUUUUAGGAUACUUAGUAUUCUAAAAGUCCAAUGUUUCUGAGUGAUGUAUUCAUAUACAUAUGUAUAUCGUGUCGAAGAUAUGUAGACUUAAAUUGUCAAAAUUAUGGCCGAUGACGACGAUAAACCCAAAAAACAUACUUUGGAAUCAUUAUUUCAUUUGUAUGCCAAUUACAAUGUUAUUAACUUCGAUUUGGAUAACGUGGUCUAUGAUUGUAUAUUGCUGUCACAAAUCGACUAUUGGCUGGAUCAGGCGAAACUUUUGAAGACAACAUUUAGCUUAACUGAGACAGGCUUAACUUAUAUGAAAUUUAAAAAAUGGCGUUUAGAUUAUGAAGAAUUUCAGGAGUUUUUAGAAUUUAUAUGUGCUGACAAAGACAUUACGGUGGAUGAUGUUAAGGGUUUAUUAUUGGAGGCAGGAGUGCCGGGUGUCGGAGGUGAUACAGUGGUGGUAGUGAAAUAAUGCUUUAUUAUCUUUAAAUUUGGAUACUUUAAAAAUUGUUGAAGUAAAGAAAGAAUUUUUUUAAGGAUUUUGUUUUAUAAUCUUAUAUUUCUUUAUUUACAAUAAAUGGUAUCGUAAUUGUAAUAAUAAUCGA